ACUUCGUCGAUGCUACUGUAACCUUUUAGCAGUUCAAUUUUAACUGAUUUUAACAGUUUAAUGCUCAAUGUAAAAUAUGAUGCAGAAAGGAGAAAAUGAGGUUAAAAGAAAAAAUAAAGCAAACUGAAAAAAGGCUGAAUUCGAUACUUUUUGAAAAAUUUGUGUCAUACGGAGUGUAUCUUUAAAACAUGGUUCGCUUUAAGAAUAGGUAUAUGGUUCUUGAGAUAACACCAUACAACAAAAAUGAUCAACCAUUAAUAUUGAAAGUUACAGCUCUACAUGAUGCUAUUCAACAGAAAGUGCAAAAAUUAUAUGGUGAUUUUGGAGUAGCUGCAAUAAAGGCUGGCUUUAAUGCAAAAUAUUGUAACAUGCAUACUAAGAUUGCAUUGGUAAAAGUUAGACACGGUCCUCACAAGUUUUUAUUGCAUGCUAUUCCAUUAAUGAAUGAUAUAGGUGGUCGACAUGUUAAAACAAAUAUUUUAUAUAUUGGGGCAACUAUGAAACAUUGCUUUCUGUUUAUUAGGAAACAUCAAGAGAAAAAGCUAGAACAAAUAUGGGCUAGUUUAAGAACAGAUACUGAGAGAAAAGAAAUGGAAACAGCUCUAAUGACUUUGACACCUGCUAUGAGAGACUUUACAUAAAAAUUAUUCAUACUCUUUAUUAUAUAAUUCCUAAAUAUAUAUAGU